AUGGCGAAGUUGUGCGCCACGGCCCGCUUGGCACUGGGCCUGGUUGCGGUGGCGGCGGCCGCGGACGAGCAAACGUGCGCGGACGGCGGCGACAGCUCUCCGGUUUCGCAGGAUGGGUCCUCUGGAGCCCCUUCCAGCCUCGGCCAGAAAGGCGGUUCGAAUGCCCGCGUGCCGAUGAAGACCGACUCAGAUUCAGGGUUCCACGCACGCCUGGACAGGUCAAUCUGGGCGGAGCAGCUGAAGCGCAGUGUUGCCGAUGGCGCGAAGCACAGUUGCGAGUCGGACGUCGUUUCAUCAGCGUUCAACAGGCCAAUAGGGCUCGGCAAUCGCAUCCACACCUUCGCGGCCCACUUGCUCCUUGCAGUGUACGGUGGUCACUCGUUCUCCAUUUUCAACGACACCAGCACCGGCAAGGACGACAUGACAAGAAUCUGGGCAAUGCACUUCGAGAACAGCGCUGGGUUUUCGUUCUGCAGGGGUGACCCGCCCCCUCUUGGAAACAAAGUCAAGUUGGACUGGGAUUUCUUGAACGGCCAUUUGUCAACGGUGGACCGGGAGUACCAGGAUGAUUUCAAGCGUUUCUUGUACCCACUCGUUUGGACGGUCAAUUCGAACACGUGGAACCGUGUUCACACGGAGUGGCGCAAGGCGGGAUUGGACGUGAGUCGUCCAUAUGUGGGUGUGCAUCUGCGCCGAGGCGACAAGUUCACCGAAGCGAGCCCAGUUGAGAUUGGUGCCUAUGCGGACGCCAUCCGCCCAUGGCUUGAAUCAUCUAAUUCCGGUGGACGUGCCAGGCAAGGCGCGUCGUUGAAAGAUGUUGUGGGAGAGGAGCUCGGAGCGAGGAAGAUCGAGCAGGUUUUCCUCUGCAGCGACGACGAGCUCGCAGCGGAGGAGCUCCAGACGGCUUUGGGCAAUCGGGUCCGCAUUGUCACGCCCAACGCCCGGCCUUCUGACACCAAAACACGCAGCUACGACUCCGAGGAGAGCAUACUGGGCGUGAUCACCGCGGUCGAAGGCCUGCGCCGCGCGCACGUGUUCGUGGGUACGGCCAGCAGCAACCUCGGGCGCCUCGUGUUCUUUCUCAGGCCGAAGGGCAGCAGAGCCAUCAGCUUGGACCGGGGAGGCCAAUGGUAG